AUGGCUGCCCCCUCGUUUGUGCCGCUCACCGAGCGCCCCCUCAAGAACACCAUCUGCCUGUUUGACGUGGACGGCACGCUGACGCCAGCUCGUCUGCACGUCGCCCCAGAGACGCUCGAUGUGCUGCACCGCCUGCGCCAGCGCUGCGCCAUCGGCUUCGUCGGCGGCUCCGACCUGUCCAAGCAGGAGGAGCAGCUUGGCGGCGCGGACGUCUCGGUCAAGCAGCUGUUUGACUUUUGCUUCUCCGAGAACGGCCUGACGGCCUUUAAGCUGGGCGAGCAGCUGCCGAGCAACUCGUUCAUCCAGUACAUUGGCGAGGACAACUACAAGGACUUUGUCCGCUUCGUCCUGCACUACAUUGCCGACAUCGACAUCCCCGUCAAGCGCGGCACCUUUAUCGAGUUCCGCAAUGGCAUGAUCAACGUCUCGCCCAUCGGUCGCAACGCCUCCACCGCUGAGCGCCUCGCCUUUGAGGCCUACGACAAGGUCCACGGCAUCCGCAAGGCCCUGGUCGAGCAGCUGCGCGAGAAGUUUGGCCACCACGGGUUGACAUUCUCCAUUGGCGGUCAGAUCUCCUUUGACGUCUUCCCCACCGGCUGGGACAAGACCUACUGCUUGCGUCACCUCGAGGCCGAGGCCAAGAAGCCCGACGGCGUCGAGUACACCACCAUCCACUUCUUCGGCGACAAGACCUUUGAGGGCGGCAACGACUACGAGAUUUUCUCCGACCCUCGCACCAUCGGGCACUCCGUCACCUGCCCCGAGGACACCGUUGCCGAAAUCAAAAAGCUGUUCGACCUGUAG